AUGGGACAUGGGGACGUGGUGGGACAUGGGGACACAGUGGUACAUGGAGACAUGCACCCCAGAGGUGGCACCCCGGCGGUGACAGCGGUGUCCCCACAGGAGUUCAGCUGGUUCCUGUGGCGCCAGCACGGCCACGCCGUGUCCGUGUGGGAGAGGCUGGAGUUUCUCAACGGGUGGUACCUGCUGCUGGUCACCAGCGACCUCCUGACCGUGCUGGGCACCGUCCUCAAGAUCGGCAUCGAGGCCAAGAACUUCUCGGACUACGACGUGUGCAGCAUCCUGCUGGGGACAUCCACGCUGCUCGUUUGGGUCGGUGUCAUCCGGUACCAGACCUUCUUUCAGAAAUACAACGGUCUCAAGCUGCUGCUGCUCGGGACUUGUGAUUAUCUCCUCGACCUCAUGCAGCUGCACCGCCUCAGCACCUGUUGCCUGCAGGAUGGCCUCCACAUGCUGGGACUUCUCUAGGAGCCUUC